AUGCCGUUUGCAAGUGGCUACACAAUGUCACUCAAGACUCUUUGUCGAUCAGUUUUUGGGUUUGGGAUUGAUCAUAAUCAAGUUCAUUCCAUGGAACUGCUUGAAGAAUGUGAUAUUCACCUGGAUAAAGAACUUCAAUUGUUUCAAUAUCAAGUCUUUCGCCAGUUCAAAAAUCUUUCGGAAUCUUCUGAUGAUGGAUUUCUUUCCCUUGAUUGGUUAUCCAUGCUAUUAGAUGCUUUUGUUGUUUGUCAUGAAGAUUUUAUGGCUAUUCUGUCGAAGAACGAGCCAUAUCUUUCAGAACCCCCUUUAGAUAAGCUGGUUAUGGAUUUUUUUGAUAGGAGUAUCAAGGCUCUUGAUAUUUGUAAUGCUAUUUGUGAUGGAAUUCAGAAGAUCCGGUGUUGGCAUAAGCACUUAGAGAUCGUUUCAUAUGCUUUGAGUUCAAGACAGAGGAAACUGAUUAGCAAAGGGCAGUUUAGAAGGGCGAGAAAAGCAUUGACCGAUUUAGAUCAUAUUAUGCUUGAUGAUACUAAGGAUUCUGGACGGUUCUUUUUGCGCAGAUUCAAGUCUUUUGGGCACUCAAACAAAGGAAAAUCCGUCAACUGCCAUAAUCAAGAACAAAUGAGAUCUCUCUCCUGGAGCACGUCUAGUUCAUGGCCAGCAAGUAAGCAACUUCAGUCUUUGGCAAACAGCUUGAUUCCACCUUGCGAAAAUGAAACUUCUACCACCUACCGCCUUGCGAAUGUUGUUUUCAUGAUGGGUUUUGUCUACGUGUUUGUCUUGUGGGCCCUAGUGGCUGCAAUCCCGUGUCAAGAUAGAGGCCUCCUCACUAAUUUCAAUAUACCAAAUCAUUUCUCAUGGGCUACCCCGUUCUCAGUGCUUCAUGUUCGAAUCAUAAAUGAAUUCAAGAAGCGUGAUGGCAAGAACAGUUUUGGGUUAUUAAAGGAGAUUUCACAAAUGGAAAAAUCCGUUGGUUACAUCACCAAUUUGAUCGAUUCUACCCACCAGUUUCCAUUGACAGAAGAAGAAAAGGAAAAAGUGGUAGUGGGAGUUGCUGAAUUGUCUGUGGUUAGCAAUGCAUAUGAGAAUGGUUUGCAUCCAUUGGAGUACCAAUUGAGACAAGUGUUCCAUAAAAUCAUGUUCUUUCGAUCAGAGGGACUUGAAAUCUUGUGCAGGGUACGAUCUUGA